AUGGCAGGGAAAUGGCACACUCAAAACGACGCUCCAACAGUAAAGGACCCAACAGCCGACACCUUCAAAAUCACAGCACUGCCCAAGACCGACAUCUGGCGCCGCACAGAUGACGAUGAUGUCUUCAACGCCCCCAUGAUCUACCAGAAACUCAAAGCCUCAGACUUCAAGUCCAUCUCGGUCACAAUCUUCGCACCCUGGAAGACGCAAUACGACCAAGGCGGUCUCAUCCUCGCUUUCCCCUCCGAGUCCGGCGAUCUAAAGAACUCCAAGUGGAUCAAAGCCGGUAUCGAGUACCACAACAACGUCUCCGUCCUCGGCAUCGUAGGGACGGAUCGAUACAGCGAUUGGAGUAUUGCUCCGAUGAGCCAGGAGCAUCAUCAGAAGGCACGGUUCAGGUUUGAGAGGGACGGACAGACGCUGUGGGUCUAUGGUGCGCAGGAGAAGGGGGAGGAGAAAUUGGGGCCGAUGAGGGAGGUUAAGUGGGCGUUCAUGGAGGGGAGGUUGGAGCAGGAGGUGUGGGUUGGGGUCUAUGCGGCGAAGCCGACGACGAAUGAUGAUGAUGUUGAAGGUGAGGUGGGUGUGGAGGUGACGUUCUCGGGGUUGGAGGUUGAGGUGGGUGGGGAGGAGUGA